AUGGCUCUAUACAGAGCCAUAUUUGUGUUAACGUUAGUGGCGUAUGUGCCGCGUGCAAUUAUAGCCGACUGUUCUGACGAACGCGAGGACCAGGUACCACAUCAAGAAGCUAAGUUGCAUACUGAUCUGUUACAUUCUUACAAUACUGAAUAUCGCCCUGUGAAAGACCACAAAACACCCGUAACCGUCAAGAUCCGCUUCGCAUUGAAGUAUAUCAGCUUCGAUAGCCUUGAAGAAACCUUCAAUGUUCACAGUUGGGUUGCGAUGACAUGGAAGGACGAGUAUUUAAACUGGGAUCCAUCCUGCUAUGGUAACAUAAAGGAGCUUCAAGUCGAAAGUCAGUCAAUAUGGACUCCGCGUAUGGCGCUAUUUAAUGCUGACGCAUCGGUUUAUCAAUCAGAUGCGAUUUAUACAACAUGUUUGGUGGAAAGCGAUGGCUCGGUGACAUGUGUUCCGCAUUUAACACACUCAGGUAUAUGUCGUACUUCGCUGCGUAGCUGGCCUUACGAUGUUCAGAAUUGCACUUUCUAUUUCGGCUCUUGGAUGCAUACUGGUGAGCAGGUGAACUUCACAUUUUACAAAACUAGACCAAUUGUGAUGGACGACUAUCAAGAUGGUCCAGGAUGGAAACUUCUUAAUGUUACAAAUGAACGCCUCCCGGGAGGUUAUUCUUGCUGUCCAAACAGUUCAUAUCCGAUGUUGAAAUAUACUUUCAUGUUAAAAAGAGAAGCGGGUGGACCAGCAGCGAUUAUUGUCAUUCCCUGUAUAGUGAUAGUUCUUCUUACAUUAAUAUCUUUAAUUCUAGACGUAAAGGAUUGUACCAGAUUAUUCUUAUUAUGCUUCAGUCUUUUCAGUCAUUUUACUUUCCUAACGGAAAUUGGUUACGACAUUCCUAAACAUAGUUCGGAUACUCCUAUAAUAUUGUUAUUUGUCCGAGAUUCUAUAUUAAUAACGUUAUCGGCAAUAUUGUUGACGUUGUUUCUGAUGUCUCUGAGAAAACGUAUUGUACCGGCUCCAAGAUGGCUGGUUUCCAUAAAUCGAAUAAUUAGUAGCGGUCCUGGAAAAUAUGUAGUUUUUACAGAAUUUGAUCCGAGCGAAUCCACUGAUGUCAAAGUUUUAACGGAUGAUAAUGUAGGCGGUAGCUCUGGGACGGAUGAGAAAUUACGGAUUACUGCUGACUGGAUACAUUUCGCCAAUAUUCUUAACAGUUUUGUAUUUAUCAUAGUGUCCAUUGUCUACUUUAUAUUGAUUUGUGUUUACAUUCCCUACGACGAUUAA